AUGUCAUUGCUGCAGCGCGUGACAUCAAUAGACGGAAACGACCUCGACACUUCCUCGGUGCACAACUACAACAACAACAAAGACCAGAGAUAUGGCACUGUCCGAUCGUUGAGAACUGUCAUCUCCUACGACAUCUUACCGCAGCCCGAAGAAGAUUCCUUCGCCACACAUCCCACGGGAGGCGUCACUGCCUACAAAGUCUCCGAAGCACAACGACUUGCGCAGGUCAUCAUCACCAUCGUAUCGUGUUGGCUGGCGUCGGGAAUCGUGUUUGGAUUCGCAGCAUUGAAGCCCGUUCUCGUGGAUCAAGGCGUGUAUCGAGAGUUUUGUUCGGCCGAAGAACUAGAGUUGGAUGUCGAAGUGUGCUACGAACAGGAUCUCCGAUUGAAUGUCUUCUUCGCCAUAGCAUCGACGACAUGCAAUGUCUCUGCACUCGCAGUGGGUACGAUCCUGGAUCGAUACGGCCCUCGAGUGGCGGGCAUCAUAGGAAGUCUCAGUUUGGCCGCGGGAAGUGCCUUGAUGGGAAGUGCAUUUGCCAUUCCCGAGUUCGAUGGCUAUAUCGUGGGCAAUAUACUCCUCAGUUUAGGAGGAACAUUCAUCUUCGUGCCAUCGUUUCAAGUUGCCAAUGCUUUCCCCAAGUGGUCCGGUACCAUCGUGGCAAUGGUGACGGGAGCCUUCGAUGCUUCGGCGGCCGUUUUUCUCUUCUUUCGCAUCGCGUAUGAAGCAUCUGGUGGCACUUUCGGCCCAGAAAAGUUCUUCUUCGGCUACUUGAUUGUUCCAGCACUCAUCCUCAUAGCACAGCUGACCGUGAUGAACCACGAUGGCUACAAGACUCUGCCUCAAUUGGAACGGAAGAUUGAGAAAGAACAGGACUACUCUCGAGAUGUCCACGACUCUGAUGAUGAAUUAAGCGACGAUGACGAGGUGAACCGACUGCGCCAACACAGGCGCGAACAUCGACAAUCCGUUUUGCAGAAGCUCGAAGAGCUCGUCGGAGACUCCGAAGAGCGCCAGCUUCGAGAAGAAAGGAAAGAAGAGCAGUUAGCCACCAGUGGAGUGUGGGGAGCUCUGCAUGGUAAAAGCUGGAGCCAACAGCAGAUGCUGAGCCCGUACUUUAUCCUGAUAACGCUCUUAACCGUAUUGCAGAUGCUGAGGAUGAAUUUCUUCAUCGCUACCAUCAGGUCGCAGUAUGAGUACAUGCUUGGAUCCGAGCACCUUGCCCGGAACGUGAAUCUCUUUUUCGACAUUGCUCUGCCAAUUGGUGGCGUUGCAGCUACGCCAUUCAUAGGUAUGCUGCUGGACAAUGUCUCGACAGCUGUGAUGUUGGCAGGUUUGGUUGCUCUCAUUACUGCUGUUGGAGUUCUUGGGUCGCUGCCGUUUGCGUGGGCCGCGUAUGGCAAUGUGAUUCUCUUCGUGCUGCUCAGGCCCUUGUACUAUUCAGCGAUGAGUGAUUAUGCGGCGAAAGUCUUUGGCUUUGCCACUUUUGGCCGUGUCUACGGUACCAUCAUCUGCUUCAGCGGCUUGGUCAACCUUACCCAGCCUUUGAUCGACGCUGCCAACCAUGAGCUUUUCCACGACAAUCCAACACCAAUCAACAUCACACUUUCAGCACUCGGCCUUGUCUUCGGAGCUGCUCUCGUGGGUUAUGUAUGGGUAAAAGGACCUCAGGUCCGCCCGGUGACGCAUUUGGUUGAUGAAAGGAGUCGUCUUUUACCGGACGUAAUCGAGGAGGAAGCUUAA